AAUACAGUUGGUUGCGUCUGUUGCCGCUGUGUGCUGCUCUCCUUCCUGAAAGACACUCGCAUAGGAGCAGCGGAUGUCGCUUUGAAGAGAGAGAAUAAAGGUGAAGAUUCCUGAAGAUCUUGUCAACUCCCACAGGCAGUAAACCACUCGCCUAAAGAUUAAACCAAGUACACUCAGCCCCAGAGCAUUGCCCCUGUAGAUGCCGCUCAGUCUUUGCAAAUGGCUUGCUGCUUGAAGGACGAGCUCCUCUGUUCCAUCUGCCUCAGCAUCUACCAGGACCCCGUCAGCUUUGGCUGCGAGCACUACUUUUGCAGAAAUUGCAUCACCGAGCACUGGAGCAGACGGGAGCUUCACGGAGCGCGUGACUGUCCUGAGUGCCGGAGGACCUUCACCGAUCCCCUCCUCUCGCCGAGUCUCAAGUUGUCCAACAUUGUGGAGCGCUACUCAGCCUUCCCGCUGGACGCCAUCCUCAACGCGCAGAGGAGCUCCUACCCCUGCAAGGACCACGAGAAGGUCAAACUCUUCUGCCUCACCGACAAAAGUCUGGUGUGCUUCUUCUGCGACGAGCCGGCGCUACAUGAGCAGCACCAAGUAACAACUAUCGACGAGGCUUACGAGGAGAUACAGAGGGAGAUGAAGGAGCAGCUGGCCACCCUGCAAGACAGUGAGAAGGGACACACUGAGGCCCUGCAGCUCCUGCAAAGACAACUUACUGAGACCAAGUCCUCAGCCAAGAGUCUGCGCGCAACCAUCGGUGACGCAUUUGAACGUCUUCACCGCUUCCUGCGCGAGCGCCAAAAGAGCAUGCUGGAGGAGCUGGAGAUGGACACGGCCCGCAAGCUGGCCGACAUCGAGCACAAGAUCCAGCGCUACAGCCAGCAGCUGCGCGACGUCAAGGAGGGCAUCCAGAUCCUGCAGGAGCGCCUCAACGAGACGGGCAGGCACGACUUCCUGGAGGGAAUAGCCGUCACAUCUGAGAGGUGCUUCACCUGCUCUGAGUUUGCUAAAGCAGUCCCAGUAUCUUCACUGCAGUCCGAUAAGAAAAGAAAUGUGGUUGUAAACACAUUUGCUUCAAGAAGGAUCAGGAUUAAAGGGAAGAUACAUGAGACCAAUCUGACGUAUGAAGACUUCCCGACUUCCAAGUACAUGGGGCCCUUACAGUACUCUAUAUGGAAGUCUCUCUUCCAGGAUAUCUCACCAGUGCCAGCAGCGUUGACCCUCGACCCCAUCACAGCUCAUCAAAGACUGAUCCUCUCAGACGACUGUACCAUAGUGGCUUACGGGAAUCUCCAUCCACAACCCCUGCAGGACUCCCCGCGCCGCUUUGACGUGGAGGUUUCUGUUCUGGGCGCUGAAGGCUUCGUGUCAGGCGUCCAUUAUUGGGAGGUGAUGGUGUCGGAGAAGACCCAGUGGAUGAUCGGCGUGGCCCACGAGACAGUCAGCCGCAAGGGCAGCAUCCAGAUCCAGCCCAGCCGCGGGUUCUACUGUAUCGUUAUGCACGACGGCAACCAGUAUAGCGCCUGCACUGAGCCGUGGACUCGCCUCAAUGUAAAGAGUAAGCUGGAGAAAGUGGGGGUGUACCUAGACUACCACAAAGGCCUGCUCAUCUUCUACAAUGCAGACGACAUGUCCUGGCUCUAUACCUACCGGGAGAAAUUCCCCGCCAAAGUCUUCCCCUACUUCAGCCCGGGCCAGAGCCACGCCAACGGCAAGAACGUGCAGCCGCUGCGAAUCAACACUGUGCGCCUUUAAGAGAUGCAUCGCACGUUGAUGAUCAAAAUGGUCCUGACAGAUAAUUCGCAGGACUUCUGUAGGUUUAAAAAGAUUUUCAAGAAAUCAAUUUUAAAAGAAAAAAAAGAGUUGAAUAGGGUGUGUGAAAUGUUUAUUUCUUUCAGUUCGGUUCAUAAUUGUGCUUGAUGUUGCUCUUAAAACCUGCGCUCUUACUUUUGUGUGACUUUAAACGACCCUACGAUAAUGGCCUGCACUUGAGCUUCAUUCCACAUCUUUAAUUGAAAAGAGGACAUUAAGUGGAGACGGAAGGACCCCUGGGCUCUUCUGGUGUCUGUGGCAGUGAUGUAAAAAAAAGAAAAAGCUAUUCCCCCUCUUAAAGCCCCAGGCCUACCUUGCACACUCCCUGGGGGCAUUGCUCUCCUUGUCAAGCUCCAGACUUGUCCAACUUGGCGUCUCUCUGGACACUGAAGACGGGUCACUCUUCUUCUCUGUGCUGUACAGUUGGCUUAGCUUUGUGUGUGGAAUGUGUUUGACAGCACUCUGCUUUUUUUGGGCCAGCAGUAGACCUUGAACUCCGGGUCGGUUGGCACUUUUUACUCCCGUCUGAGACUAUGACCGUGGUUCCUCUUGUGGGUCAUCUCCACAUGUGUCUUAAGUCCUUAUCAUGGCACGAUAAGCUAUUCUAUGUGCAGCAGCAAUGAUCCACGUCUCCUAGAACAAACUAAAUAAAAUAAAAAGUAGUUCAGCCGCCCGUCCCUAUCCACCGCCCAGCCCUACCUAUGUGUAGGAGGAAAAUCUGUUUGAAGAUUGUCCAGAAAUAUGCUUCUCCCGAUGGAGUAAGGAUUUGCAUGUUUCAAUAUAAAGUAGCAAGGGUUAAAAGAAAACAGUCUCUCAUCAUGCUGGCUCAUGUUUAGGUUUCUGCACCAAAACCUCAAGUUUGCUCGCCAUCAGCAGACACUAAACCUGUGGGUGUUUCUGUCCACUUCAAUGUUGAAUUCAAAUUCAUGUCUGCUCUCAGUCGUGAUGUUUCAUCAUUUUGUCUUAAAAUCUAAAGAAUGUUAAAUCAUGCAGUCUGAGUAGAUAGCCCGUGGGUUGGAGACAUCUAUAGGCUUUUAACACUGCUGUUCUAUCCUUAUCCCCGGGCUUAGAGUUGACCCCGUGAAAACUUUGCUGCUUUUCACACGCACAGCUAAACCCAGGGCUAUACGAUCCAUACUACACUUCUACUAGCCCUGGGUUAAAUGGCCAUUGGAACACAUUCUAGAAUGACAUGACCACUCCGAUUAGACAACAAAAACAUGACACAAAUCCCAUUGUUUACUUUUGACCGUGCUCUUGAGAGCAGCACAUGCAAGCCCUCGGGCUAAAGUCGGGGUUAGCUCUCUUUUGGAAUGUGCCCGUGUGAAAGCUCCCUCAGCCCCAGGCUAAGUGCAGUGUGAAAAGUCCUAUUGUAGUAAAAGCUUAACGUCUCAGAUUUUAAAAUCUAAAAGGUUGAAGAAGAUUUAAUACUCAAAAAAUCUACAAAGACCGACUGAUCUCUCUUAUUUGAAAUCAUAUAAUAAUAAUAAAGGAAAUCAAGCUGUAUGUUUUGUGACGUGGCAAUUAUCAAGGAAAAUAGUGAUGGGUGGACGGAUUCUGGCGCUAAAUAUGCUAUUCAUGUGCGGCUGGCAUUUCCAUGGCCGCUGCUGUCUGAGUCUCUGACAAUUCCCCUGAGGCUCACUCAUGUUUAUUUCUUCGCCCCAGGUGCCUCAAGUGCUCCUGUUCAUCAUUAGUUGUACACAAGUCCUGCAGAAUUUGCUCUGAGGCUCUGCUCGCUCAGCCAAGUCCAGCAUAUUGAGAGAUGUGUCUGUGGAUGGGUGGACAUGUGCACGGGUAGGUUUGUGCAGCCCUGGUUUGGCUAUAAUUUUUUUUAAAUCCAGAUUGAUUGUGCUUGCUGAAGCCCAUCUGGUCCCCUGAGCAUACCCACGCAGCAGCCCAAAGUGAUUAUUACAAAUGACUUUGGAAUCAGGUUGAACUGAAAUCUCCGAAUCACCUCACUCUUCCUUUGCCGCUGUACAUCUUUGCAUUUGUGUGUGUGUUGUCUGUGUUGUCCAUGUAAAAGAAAAUUGGGGCAGUGCCCUUGUUUUUGUAGGAUGUGUUUCCGAUAUGUGCAGUAUGACGCAAACUCGGGUCAAAUGGGAAGCAUCUGCUAAUUGUUUUAACUUAACUUUAACACAAAUCUGCAGCAGCCUGUUCAAGAAGCAUAUCUACAGGUCUUUUCCUCUGGGAUUUACUCCAGAGUGAAUCCAGAUCACUCUGUAAAUCUGUUUUGUGAAACCUGAGUAAUUGUGUGAUAAUAAUUACCAGAAGUUUAGACAAUCAGGAAAGAGUAAGUAAUUUUACUUUUUUCUGAUUGAGACUCUGUUGUCCUUGAGAAAUAAAUCCCAGCCAGCUGGUGCUUCAAAACAAAUGCUUACAUUUGACCCCAAUUUGCUGUGACUUAAGUAGACUCUGCUUCAUUAAAGACUUUCUGUUUGAAUAUUAAGAAGGAGAUUAUUGUCAGGUGGUGUUGGGUUACUGGUGGUGGUGGUAAUGACUUGAAUUGUUAAAAUGAUGUAUGAUGAUAACUAUGACACUUUCAAUGAUUAUAAUGAUGAUUGUGUCCUUUUGAUGAUGGCCGCUGUGCACCCAUCAUUGGGUGAACACACCUUUAGUGUGCUUUAGCUGCAGCUGAGGUUUGUGGGUAAUGUUUUAAUGGACAAUAAAUUACUGCAAAAAUCA